AUGCCAACUACGAUAGUUGAUGAUGAAAAAAUAUUCACCCCUCCUUCUACUGCUUCUACUCACACCAAAGUUGAUGAUAUCAUCUCACCUUCCUCUCUUCCACUAAAUCCCAUCAAAGCAGAGUUUAUACCUUUUACAAGAAGAAGAAAGAGUACCACUCUUAAAGAUUCUAAUUCAUCACAAACAACUACAACAACAACAACAAAUACAACACCAAUUAAAAUGGAAAUAGAUUGUGAUGCUACUGCAGCUACCUCUACUUCUAUUAGUACAACAACACCAAUAGAUAUUAAUAACGAAAUAAUACCCAUACCAAUCGACCAAUCUACAAUAGAUAAAGAACCUUCUGUAACCGAAAACAUCAUUCUAGUCGAUGACAACCAAGAAAGCUCAACUGUAUUCCCUCCUCCUCCUCCUUCUUCUUCUUCCCCUCCUCUUAUAAAAAAAGAAUUAAAAUUAAAGUUAAAAGGCUCUUUCAAGACAUCUCCGAUCAUUGUCUCAACAACGCCUCCAACCACCACCACCUCCACUACAACGACCACCACUACUACAACUAUCGACCUGGAUCAAAACUCGUCGUCGUCGUUGUUGUUGGGAAAUGGAAUUAAAAAGGAAUCAUUUUCUAUUGAUAUUGACUCGAGUGACGAUGAAGAUGACUAUGAGAUAUCUGACGACGAUAGUAAAUAUCAAUCUAUUAGCCAACUCAAGAAAACUUCGAGUGAUCUAAACAAAUUACUAUCAUCGCCCGAAUCAAAUAUCAACAACAAAAGACAACACCAAGAAGAAGAAGAAGUAGAGGAAGAAGAAGACCUCCAACCCCUGCAUCGAUUAAGGAAAAUGAAAACAGAAAAACUAGAAGAAAGUAAUGACUUUAAUACGUCAUCGACGAGUCAAGACAUUGAACACCUAAAGAGUCAAGAAACAGUUAACCAAUUGGAUACAUAUUACGAUGAAAACAACACAAACAAUGACCAAGAGGACGCAAAAACUAGAAUCGCAAGAAGACUUCAAUCUUCUAGCUCAUCAUUAAAUCAUUCCACUUCUCCGACCAAAUCAAAUAAUGGCUUCAAUUUUAGAGCAUCAAUUGAUCUAACCUCUAGUCAACCAGAUUUUAAUAAUAAUAAUAACAAAGAUAAUAAUAAUAUAGAUAAUAAUAAUACCACGAAUAGAGCUAAUCGUUAUAAUAAUAAUAAUAAUAAUCAAAUGAGUAAAGAAAAAAUGGAAGAAAUGGUUAGAAAUAGACUUGGUAAAGAAGACAGUGAUAUGAUGCCUUAUUGGAAAAUGGAAAACCUAUUGGAUCAAUAUCAACAUGAUGGUGAUAUUGAGGGAGCGGUAAAAGCAUGUAAAGACUUUAUUGCCAAAAAGAUUGCAACAAAUGGGUCAACAUCAAAUAUUAGAACCUCAAAUUCACCAAUACUAUCGUCCAGUGUUGGUGGAGUACAAACUGACUAUGCAACUAGCCAAGACAGAUUGAAUCUCAUGCAAGAUUUAUAUUCGACAAACAAAACAAAAAAAGAGAGACCAACCGAGCUACCAGAUGAAAUCGACAAGAGAGACGAGAACCAUUGGUGGACUAGAAUCGACUACAACUCUAUUGGUACUGGCAACGUUAUGCAUUUAAAUGACGAGGGCUUGGCCGAUGGUCAUCGACAAGGACAUGAACGUCUUUGGAUAAAGCAUCUAACAACAUCACAAGGAGGUACCAUAUCUGCUACGGGCGACGAGAAGGCUCAUUUGACAGAUAAACUACAAGUUUAUUUUACAAGAACUCGUAUUGGAGAUGAAACUGGUAAACCUGCAGACACUUUAAUUGCACGAUCACGUGUCACUAAAACUGUCAUUCCUCUUCUUCGAAAUCGAUUUAUUAGAAUGUUGGGAGUAGUAAAGACAGUUGUCCAUCAACCUACCGAAUCAAAUGCUACAGUUGACGUUCAGUUCUACCUAAGUCACUAUGCCGAAAUUGUUCAACCAUUGGACAAAAUCCAGCCCUCGGGCCAAGAAGAAAAUCUCUACACAACUACACAAAGAAUCAAUGUAUUGGAAAAGUUUCUCAAUGUCGUCAAAGGAUCUGGCGAUGAUCUUCCCUCACGAGAACUCAUUCGUGCCGAUCAAGAAGAAAGUCUUUCUGAUACUGAUUUUAAUAAUACAAAUCUCUCCCAAGAAGCACCUGAUAAAAGAUUCGAUGGAAUACUCCAAGAACAUCAAAGCAAGGGUUUAUGGUGGAUGCUUAAUCGUGAAAGAAAUCCAUCAGUUAGUUAUAACGACUUGGUUAGAUUAUAUUGGAAAAUAUAUAAAUGUGACGAUAAUACUAUAAUUUAUUAUAAUAACUAUUGUGACAAGGUCAGUAGAUUUGCUCCAAAGACUGAAAACAAAGUUACAGGUGGACUAUUAUGUGAUGAUAUGGGUUUAGGAAAGACUGUAAUGAGUUUAAAUUUGAUUUUAUCAAAUCACCCAGUACUUAAUAGAAACAGUCAACAUCGAGAAAUAUUAGCAGAGUAUAAAAAAACAUCGCCACUGGCAACAAAUAGUAUGCCAAAGACAACGUUGAUCAUUUGUCCUGCAGCGUUGGUCUUUCAAUGGGAGGCAGAGUUGAAAAGAUUCAUAAAACCUCCUUUUGAGAUAUAUGGUUAUCAUGGAAACAAGAGAAACAGAAACACACUUCCAUUUUCCUACUAUGAUGUUGUUAUCACAACCCAUAUUACCUUUGGCAAAGAGUUUAAAGAUUUUAUAAAAGGCCAACGAACAGAUUCGCCUCUACAUCAGAUGCUAUGGUGGAGAAUCAUUGUUGAUGAAGCUCAAGUAAUGAAAAAGACUUCACUUCUCUUUGACGCACUACAAAAUAUCGAAUCAAUCAAUAAGUGGUGUCUCUCUGGCACACCUGUACAAAACUAUGUUGACGAAAUGUUCCCAUUCCUCCAUUUUCUUCACGUUUAUCCUAUCGCAUCGUCACUAUUUACAUGGAGACAAUAUGUAGACAAGGACAAAGCCAAUGGAAUCCCUCGUCUCAGAACAACUCUUAAACCAAUUCUUCUUCGUCGAACCAAACAAAACAUCCCAACUUUGAAUCUCCCAUCAAAAACUAUAGAAACGGUAGUUUUAAAAUUCCACCGCAAGGAAUCCUUAAUCUAUGACCAACUCUUCUCAGAAUCUUCUGCAAUUUUGGAUGAUCUCUUUAGAAGGGGAUUACAAAUGUUAAACUAUGGUUAUAUUCUCUCACUCAUUCUAAGACUCCGACAAGUAUGUGAUCAUACAUCUCUUAUUGUUCGAACCAGUCAAGAAGAAGAAGUAACCACCGAAUUUUGCUCAAUGUGUGGAGAUAUUCUCAUCUCACCAUUCAUUCAAGGCAUUUGUAACCAUAAAUAUUGUAUGGCAUGCGUUUUGGAAACUUUUAGAGACCAAUCAAUAACUCAGCAUUUCCCCAAAGUAAAGUGCCCCGAAUGCGACACCCAGAUCAUUUUGGACAAAAAGUUGGCAUCAGACUAUGAUAUCAGAAUCGAUAAAGAGAUCAACAUCAAAGCAGCAAAAGUGAUUCGCACUCUACCAAAAUCAGCUCAUCGCGAUUCAGAAGCCUCUCGUAUUGCUGCCGGAUCAGAAUUUAUCGAUGACAAAAAUAGUGCAAAGUUGACUAGAAUGCUAGACGACAUCAACGAAGCCAAGAGAAACGAUCGUGACGCCAAAAUUGUCAUCUUUUCACAAUGGACAUCGAUGCUUAAUAGGGUAGAGAUGUUGUUGAUAGAAAAGAAUAUAAUGCCCACAGAACAUUAUUUGCGAUAUGAUGGUACAAUGACUCCAAAUGCAAAGAGAGCGGCUGUAGAAACUUUUCAAACUACCAACGGCGAACCAAGAAUCCUUUUAAUCUCUCUAAAGGCAGGUGGUGUUGGUCUUAAUCUUACCAGAGCAAAUCAUGUAAUUGUUCUCGAUCCUUGGUGGAAUAGUAGUGCCGAAGAUCAGGCAAUCGAUCGUGUUCAUCGUAUCGGACAGCUUAAACAUGUCUAUGUAAAGAAAUAUGUCAUCCAGGCAUCCAUUGAAGAACGUGUAUUGGAGCUUCAAAGAGCCAAGGAAUCAAUGACCAAAGCUAUCCUUGAUCAGAAAUAUGAUCCCACCCGUCAAAUCAUUACCUUUAAACUGUCGAUUGAAGAUAUUAAAAAAUUGUUUAUGGAUUUUAAAAAUGGUUCCCAACUUGAAUCAACAACAACUACUUAUAAUAAUCAUAACCAACCAAUUCAACCAUCUACCUCUACCACCUCGACAACCUCUACGACAAUUCAAAAUAAUAAUAAUAAUCUAUGA